AUGGCAUUAACAGAUCUGAUACCAUGGUCAUUGCUACCAACACUAACGGUCCUGGCCACCGCGUGGUUUGUAUAUAUCCUCGCUUACCGCCUCUACCUUCACCCGCUAGCCAAAGUUCCCGGCCCCAAGUUGGCGGCAGUGACCCAUCUCUACGAAUUCUAUUAUGAUGGCUUGAAGAAGGGCAAGUUCAUUUUCAAGGUGGACGAGCUGCACGAACGAUAUGGGCCCGUCGUGCGUAUUAAUCCACGAGAAGUCCAUAUCUCCGACCCGGACUUCUUCGAUGAGCUAUAUAGCGGCUCCAGGAAGCUGAACAAAGACUGGUACUACUAUCGCUUCGUCGGAACAUUGGAUUCCUCCUUUGGAAGCACUUCGUUUGCUGUGCACCGUCAGCGAAGGAAAGCUUUCAACCGAUUCUUCUCUCCUGCCGCCCUGCAGAACCUCGAAACCAGUGUCUGCAACUGUGUCGUCCGGCUGUGUGAGCGGCUUGAGGCGUUUCGGGGCACGGGUAAGCCGGUGAUACUAGGGACUUGCUUCCGCGCCCUUGCCACAGACGUGAUCAGCCAGUAUGCCUUGCCACAAGGCUUUGACCUGAUCAAUUCGAAGGAUUUUGGCGAGGACUACAACAACGUCAACCGCAAGUUCUCGGGUCUCACUUCAUACAACCGCCAUUUCCCCUUCAUCCUGCCGACGGUCAUGGCGACGCCCACAUGGCUGCUGCGGAUGACGGCUUCCCCGGGGAUGCUGCAGAUGCUUGAUUUUCAAGGCCACAACAUAGCACAGUCUAAAGCCAUUGCCGAGUCCUCCAAGGUCAAGGCGAGCGACGAUUCGGUCCUCCACGGCAUCUGCAAUUCCGACCUACCUGCCUCAGACAAGACUGCCACCAGGAUCUACCAAGAAGCUGUCACGCUUGUAGGAGCUGGCUCUGAGACUACUGGCAGUGGUCUCGAGCACGUGGUGUACCACGUACUGGCCAACCCAGCGAUAUACACGCGCCUUCGCAACGAGAUCGCCUCAGCGGCCUCUCAAGGCGACCUGACUUCGUACGAGACGCUGCGGCAGCUACCGUAUCUAGACGCCGUCAUUAAAGAAGGCCUGCGAUUAGGCAACGAAGUCUGCGGCCGUCUCGCGCGCUUCGACCCCACCGACGCCAUUCGUUACGGCAGCUACGCCUUUGCGCCGGGGGUGGUUGUCAGCAUGAGCCCACGCGACAUGCAUCUCGAUGGCCGUGUGCACGACGCACCACACACGUUCGACCCGCAGCGGUGGCUCGAUCCAGCCCGACGAGAACGCAGCGAGCGUUUCUUCGCCCCCUUUGGCCGUGGCUCGCGGUCAUGCGUUGGGCGUGAUUUGGCGAUGCUGGAGAUGAAGAUGAUGAUUGCUUAUCUUUUGCAGCGGUUUGAGCUGAAGAUCUUUGACACCCAGUAUGCGGACGUCAGAAUGGAGCACGAUUUCUUCUCACCGUUUCAUCGUGAUAAUAGUAAGGGGCUGCAGGCGACGUUAAGCUAG